AUGACAGACAAUCAGCUUGAACCGCCCGCCCCCCAGGUUACCAAUGCAUCUCCACCGUUUGAUAAACCUACGGCAGACAUAAUUCUACGUUCGUCCGACCGCGUCGAUUUCCGCGUGAAGAAAGCCAUCCUUGCCGAGACAUCUACGUUCUUCGACACCAUGUUCGCUCUGCCUCAGCCAUCCCUCAGUGUAGGGGAGGUGACGCGCAUCGAGGCCGAUGGCUCAGAAGCUGAUUACAAGGAUGGUCUCGCGGUAGUCCAUAUUACCGAGGAUAGCAGGACAAUCGACUGCCUCUUGCGCAUUUGCUAUCCCCUGCGGAAUCCAGUCAUAACCGAUUUAUCGGAACUACGACGUCUUCUGACAUCAGUAACCAAGUAUGCUAUGGAUGAAACUAUGGAAGUACUCAGGGAGCGACUCCAUAGUCUUGCUCAGGAGAUACCACUCCAAGUGUAUGCAGUCGCGAUCCAGCUCAGCUUCGAGAAGGAAGCGAGAGAGGCGGCAAAGCAUUUUCUGGCAUGUCAGGCUCCCGUCAUGUACGUGCCGGAGCUCGAGGAAAUUUCGGGCGGUGUAUAUCACCGACUCCUGGACUACCGCAGAAGAUGCGGCAAGGAAGCCAAGGGGCUGGUAUCCUCGGAAAUGAGAUGGUUGCCAAGCGAAGAUUGGCCGUGGUUUUCCUGCCACAACGGACCGUGUGCUAAAGCCGGGGUUGAUGUUACCGUGACGUUCGGGGGAGGCCGAAGAACAUCAGGAUAUCCGAAAAUGUGGUGGUGGCAGCAUGUGCAUCGCAUGGCGUGCGUGUUGGAGGCCACUCCAUGUGGGAAGAUGCUGUAUACAACUGGUUUAAUGGAUCAAGCCUUACAGGACGCCGCAGCCUGUACUAGUUGUCGUGUCACCGCUCAUGUAAAACUGAGGAGAUUCAUGGACUUACUUGUGGCAGAGGUGGACAGAGUUACUUCUAAGGUAGCACUGGAGAUUAAAUAG